AUGGGUGGCGAGGAGCCCGAGCCAGACUUCGAGAGCGCCCCCGAGACAGACCCCCGGGCUCGGCUGCUGGGGGCGCGCGUGGCGAGCAGCCUGCGCGUGGAGCCCGAGCGCUGGGAGCGUUGCGCGGGGAGCCCCGAAGCGCGGCCGCUCCUGCGCGCUUUCCUCGACGGCGACCCAGCCAAGCGGCUGCUGCUCGUCACGCCGGGCGCAGGGGGCCAGUUGGCGCUGGCCGACCGGCUGGCUCUGGCGCCCGGCACCGGUCGCUCUGGCAAGGGGGUCUUCCUGCUGCGCCUCACCCCCGGGCCGCUGCGCUCCCCGCCGGCUCCCGGGCACCUGCUCUAUGGGGACCUGUGCUCCGCGCCCCUAGAGCACCUCGCGGCCCUCGUGGAGGAGGUAGUGGUGCCACUCUUGGGGAACCAGAAAAACCAUCCCAGCUGGCCCCAUGUGGUGUCACAGGAUAUCGUCCACCACAUCUGCAACCUGAAAAGUAGUGUUUUUGUAGUUGUUGGACAAAUUAAAGGCAAGACUUUGCUGCCUCUCCCUACUGACCCUGAAAGAGACGCAUAUAUAGAUUCUGACAAUGAGAAAAACACUGAACUCGUGGAUAAAUCUAUUGUCCAUGCAAUUGAAUCAGCUGUUAUUGAAUGGACCCACCAGAUCCAGGGAGUUCUAAAGAGAGAGUCUUCAGAACCACUUUUGCAAGGUCAAGAUCCCAGUCCAAAGGUGGAGCUGGAUUUUUGGAAAAGCAGAUUUGAAGAUCUGCAGUGCAUUUACAGCCAGCUGAAAGCCAGAAGGGUUUUGACCAUGAUGGAGCUUCUUGACAGAGUGCAGAGCACCUACUUUCCAGCAUUCAGGUCAAUUUUCAGAGAUGUAGAAGCAGCUUUGGUUGAGGCCCAUGAUAUAAAUGUGCACCUAAAGCCCCUAGAGCACCCUCUGGAGGAAAUAGAAAAUGUGGAAUUCAACGAGUUGAAGCCGUUACUAAACCGAGUGCUUCAUGUGGUGUGCUUAAUCUGGGCCACGUCCAAAUAUUACAGCACACCUGCAAGGAUAAUUGUGCUGCUUCAGGAAAUCUGCAGUCUCCUCAUUCAGCAGGCCAGGACUUACCUCAAUGGAGAAGAUCUGCUUAAAGCAGAAACUGAAGAAAGUCUGGGCAAAGUGCAGACAACUUUUGAUAUUUUCAACUAUUUCAAGCAGACCUUUGAGGAAAGAAGAGACAAUCUCAGCACUUACUUUCAGCCAGGCCUAGAGGCAAAGGAGUGGGAUUUCCCUUCUGUAAUGGUUUUUGCACGAUUGGAUAAUUUUCUAGAGAGGCUCCACGUGGUAAAUGACCUUCUGGUGACUGCGUUGGACAUAGAGAAAUUGGAGAAGCUCGAAUUCAGUGGCAUAAAAGGGAAAUCUCUGAGCCAGCAAGUCCUGAGCAUGUAUGAAGAGUUCCAAGAGGUUUAUAAAGUGUUUUCAGAUCGUACAUAUGACUGCUUGGAUGUGGCCAACAUGGAAUUUGAAGAUGAUGUGUAUGACUUCAAGGAGAAAGUGGAAGAUAUGGAUCGAAGGCUAGGGACUGCUUUUGCCCAGGCUUUUGAUGAUGCAGCUAGCAUAGAGCACGCAUUCAAGCUGAUAGACAUAUUUGGGAGUCUAUUGGAACGGCCAUUGAUAGCAGCAGAUGCCUAUGCUAAAUAUCAUCUUCUCAUCACAAUGUUCGACAGAGACCUGGACGAUGCUAAACUGAUCUACCUGAAACAUAUUCAGGAGGAGUUGGAACUAGGUUGUCCUACAGUGCACAGGAAUAUGCCAUUGGUUGCUGGAGGAAUUCGUUGGGCUCAAGAAUUAAAAGACAGGAUCCAGAUCCCAUUUAGUAAUUUCAGGCAUGCCACCCACCUUUGCCUAGACUCUGCUGAAGGCAAAAGAAUGGUGCAGAAGUAUGAAGAUCUGAUGGAGAUGCUAGAAAACUGGUGUCAGUUUUGCGAGAAGUGAGUUACCUUGGGCCAAGCCAGACUGGGAAGAUACCAGAGGCAGCAGCUGAAAUCUUUUCUUCCAAGGAGUCCUUCCGGAAGCUGGUAGCCAACCUAGACUUGAUGGUCA